CCCAUCAACGCCUCCAUCACUAACGGCAACAUAUCCAUCGAGAUCCGUAUCUUCCUCGGCGAGAAGAAGUUGCGUAAGGUGGAUAUGUUGGAAGGGGUUUCCAUUAUUCGAUCCAAGAAGGUUAAGGAUGAGAUCGUUUUGGAUGGUAAUGAUAUCGAACUUGUGUCACGAUCAGCGGCUUUGAUAAAUCAGAAAUGCCAUGUGAAGAACAAGGAUAUUAGGAAGUUCCUUGAUGGUAUCUAUGUUAGGAAUGAUUAUGAUUAUUAUCUCCAGUAGAAUUUUUGGGGUACUGCUUUAUUUCAAUGCCUUAGUAGUAUCUUGGUACCUUAGUUUUCGUUGUUUUACCUUAUUUCCC